AACAAGGCUUGGGUAGACUAGGCUACAGUCUGGAAUAGGUCCUGCCGAAGUUAGAAAGUCAGGGGACAACAAUGAUUGCGACCAAACCAAGAAACUGAUCCAUGAAGCACAAAUAACAUCUGAACUAUAAGGAGCCAUGGAUGGCAGAAAUGAGUCCGAAACCCUCACCUCAAAUGACCCCAAACCCUCAAGCUCCACAGGGAGCUCUCUCCUGCAGACCAGCACAGGUUGUGGUGUGGUGCUGGUCCUCUCGGCCCUGGUGGCGUCGGUCAGCGGGCUGCUCCUGGGCUACGAGAUGGGUCUGAUCUCUGGGGCGCUGCUGCAGCUGCGUGAGGCCCUGUCGCUGUCCUGCCAGAGCCAGGAGCUGGUGGUCAGCUCCCUGCUGCUGGGCGCCCUUCUCUUCUCGCUGGCCGGCGGCGCCGUGCUCGACCGCUGGGGACGCCGCUUCGCCAUCAUGCUCACCGCCGCCAUGGCCGUGGGCGGCACCCUGCUGAUCGUGUGCAUGAACUCGCUGGCCGCCCUCGUGGCUGGACGGGUGGUGGUGGGCAUGGCCGUGGCGCUGUCGGGGACGGCGUCCUGCCUCUACAUCGCAGAGGUGGCUCCUCAGGCAUGGCGCGGGCGCCUGGUGUGCCUGUACGAGCUGAUGGUGGUGCUGGGUGUGCUGUUGGGCUUCGGCCUGAGCUACGCCUUUGUGGCGGUGCCCGGGGGCUGGCGCUACACCUUCGCCGCCGUCAUCCCCCCUGCGCUGGCCCAGGCUGCUGCUAUGUACUUCCUGCCGCGCAGCCCUCGCUUCCUGCUGGCCAGGGGCAAGGAGGAGGAAGCCCGCACCGUGCUGGAGCGUCUUAGGGGGGCGUCAACGUUGUCGACGACAACAACGACGUCGGCCGGGUUGUUGCCGGGCGCUGCAGGGUCUCCCGCGCUGACCGUCGUGGAGGAGGAGCUUCGGACCAUCCGGGCCGCCCUGUGCCGGGAGAUGCAGCACAGCUUCCUGGACCUCUUCCGUUCCCACGACAACAUGCGUCAGCGGCUGCUGGUGGGCGUGGGGCUAGUGUUCCUGCAGCAGGCCACCGGGCAGCCCAACCUGCUGUCCUACGCCUCCACCGUGCUGCGCCACGUGGGCUUCCAGAGCGGCCAGGCCGCCACACUGGCCUCCACGGGGCUGGGCGUGGUCAAGGUGGGCGGCACGCUGCCCGCCAUCCUGCUGGUUGACCGCGUGGGGCCCAAGGCCUUUCUGUGCGUGGGCUCCGGGGUCAUGACGCUGUCGCUGGCUGCGCUGGGUGCCGCCACCGCGCAGAGCCACACGCAGGUGCAGAGCCUGUGCCAGAGCUCGCCACCGACGCCCACCCCCCACCCCGGGCCAAACCAUUCCCACUGGGGACAGGGGAAGGGGGAGCCCCUGGGACUGUACCAAACCGCCCUAAACCUCAGUGAACUCAGUAGGAGCUACAGCCCCGCUUGGACCAACAGCAGCAGACAGGCGACGGAUCAGCGUCAAGGAAACUGGAGCCUUGCCGAGGAUUCUGGGGGACGGAGUGCUGGAGACAUGGGUGUGUCCUCAUCUCUGAAGUGGAUCUCAUUGGUCAGCCUGCUGGUGUAUGUGGCAGGCUUCUCCUUCAGCCUUGGACCAAUGGUAUACGUGGUACUCAGUGAGAUUUUUCCGACUGGGAUCCGAGGGAAGGCUGUAUCCGUGGUGUCCGCCUUCAACUGGGCAACAAACCUCAUCAUAUCCAUGACCUUCCUCACCAUCACAGAGAAGAUUGGCCUGCCCAACGUGAUCUUCUGCUACGCAGUGAUGAGCUUCGUCCUUCUCAUCUUCGUCAUCCUCUUCAUCCCAGAGACCAAGGGCAGGUCGCUUGAGCAGAUCUCCAAGGAGCUCGCCAUGAAGAACAACCUCCGGGACAGGCUGUGCCCAUGGCGAAGGACCGACACCUCAAGGCCUCAGGAAGUGAAAACGCUGACCUCAGUAUAACCUUUCACCUCAAAACAGCAGAGACUUUUAAUUUGUAGUGGACACUUUUGGGUGGUGGGGUGGUUGGAGAUGCUCUCCGUUGUCAGAGCACAGGUGUGAUGUAAUGUCAUCAGAGGACAGGUGUGAUGUGAUGUCAUUAAACCAGAGGUGGAGAAGUCCGGCUUCAGAAAGUAAAAGUCCUACCAUGUAUUGGUUCUACCUGUGCUCUACGGGUGCUCUCACUAAAUAGCUGAUUUAUAGGAACGUCACCUAUUACCAACCAUCACGUAUUUCCAACCACUUGUGUCACUCAAUAUUCAUUUCUAUACCAACCAAGACGGCGGAUUCCUAAAGAAACGCAAGCACCAUAGAUUUUGUUCAAAUCUACAUACCUAUGGCUACUGAAAAUUGUAAGGUUCAUUUAUCAAAUGUUAUUUUGAAGUAUUAAAAAACAUUGUUGUUUUAUCAUUUUCGAAGGAAAGGGUUGGUAAUUGGUGGUUUUACGAUACCUGGCUGAAGAGUUCCAGAGAGCCAGACUUUUCCACCUCUGCAUUAAACAAGGUGUGGAGGAGGGACCUGGAUGGUUGAUGGAUUAAACCUGACAUGGUUCUGGCUUGGAUUGGGACAGUCAACAGCCAGUUCUGUUUGUUUGUUGUGUUUUGGGGGGGGGGGGGGAUCACAAGGAGACGCUGCUGCUCAGGUGAUGUCUGUGUGUGUGUGUGUGUGUGUCCACACAAUGACUUUUUUUUGGGACAAUGUAUGUAUGUGCAGGAGUUUCAUCCUGAGGUGUUUAUCUUUAUGUGUGUGAUAAGGGUGUACUGUCAGGGUUGUAUCAGGUAAAAAUUGCCCAUCCUGAGAUUGCUAACUGAGAUUGUGUGUGUGUGUGUGUGUGUGUGUGUGUGUGUGUGUGUGUGUGUGUGUGUGUGUGUGUUCCUCCUGAGUUUGCUGCUGUAGUGACCUAAAUGCACCUUUUAUUUACACCGUGAACUAAUCACCAGCAAGUGGCUAAGGGCCAAAAAGGGUUAUUUUGUUCAUUACUUAAUCUUGGCUCUCUUUCUUAAUCACAGAUGGUCUUUUGUUCAUUACUUAAUCUUGGCUCUCUUACUUAAUCACAGAUGGUCUUUUUGUGCCAGUUAUUUCAGUACUUGCUAGUUGAGAGCUCUUUAACCUUCGAGGCAGAAAUGGAUGGAUCUUUUUUUUGCACAAAAAUGGCUGUUGUUGAUGCAUGGGCCUGUGUGGAGCAGAUCCUUACAGACGUUCCUGUGUGUUUUAUUAUGUAAUGAGGGUUGGGAAUAGGUUUGGAAAAUCCAGAUCAUCAAAGACGUUGUGUCUCAAAGACACCCCAAGAGGCCUCGCUUGUCUCAUGGAGAAAAGGGACGAUGACGGGUGAGGUGUGGGACAUGACUGUUCCAACUGUGCCAGCAUUGAUAAUUCACAACUUGUUUUAGAGCUCAGUGAACAUCCAAUUGUAGAUUUGUGAGUCACAACUAAAGCGUCAACAAAAAUUAA